AUGAGCAUCUAUACUUCUUGGGUGAAUUCUCUCCUGGUGAUCAGAAAGACCAUCACAGAAGCAUUAGAAAAGGGCUGGAAUUUUGGAACCAAAAACAUGGAUGAGGAUCAGUUGACCAGGUCCCUUAUGCGGCGUUUCAGUAACAGUAUGGAAUUGAUCCGGUUCUGCAAUUCGGGAACGGAGGCGAAGGCGAUGGCUUUGGGAGCAGCGAUCAAUUUCACAGGCAAGAAAAAGACCCUGGUAUUUGCUAAUGGAUACCACGCCUGUACCAUUCUGUUCCUGAAAGGAUCGCUGAAGCACACUAUGAACGCCCCCUACGACUUUGCCAUCGCUCCAUACAACGAUAUUGCAGGGACAGACUCUCUCAUUAACGCACUUGCUCCUAACUCUCUCGCAGCCAGACUGGUUGAGCCUAUGCAAGUCUCAGGGGGCCGUAUCCCUGGCACCGUUUAUUUCCUUCGACACCUGCGCGAGUUGGCGACCACCGAGAAGGAACUUCUCAUUUUCGACGAGAUCAUGACUUCGCGACUAGACUACGGCGGUCUCCAGGUCGCGCUACGCAUCAGGCCGGACAUCACAACAAUCGGCAAAUGGACCGGUGGAGGCAUGAGUUUUGGAGCCUUCGGUGCGCGAGAGGAAAUCAUGGAAUGGUUCGAUCCACGCAGCGAGAAGCUCGCCCACGCCGGAACAUUCAACAACAACAUCGUCACCAUGGCGGCCGGAGUUGCAGGAAACGCAUCAUGA